AUGAUAGCGAGCGUUGUAGUGGAUACCGGGCCACUGCAUCCAGGACACCACUCUCUUCAGAUAUACUGCCCGUAUCCACUUGUUGCUGACAUCCCAUGGAUCCUCAGACGGCAAAAAGCCUCAACCCUUAGGUGCAUGCAGCUGGUGCGCGACACGAUCGAGACACGCAAGAGGCAUAUCCAGGAAACUGGGAGACCACCGCGUGACGAUAUUCUGCAAAGAUUUAUCGAUGCGCGAGACCCCGAGACCGGCCAAAAGCUUACACCAGCUCAGCUUGAGGCAGAGAUCAAGCUGAUGCUCCUUUCUGGAUCCGAUACCACAGGCAAUAUGCUGUCAUUUGCAAUCAUGAAUCUGAUGCACUGCCCAGAAUGCUACAAGAGAGUGACCGAGGAAGUGCGCUCGACGUUCCCUGACUCGUCACAGCUGAUAUCUUUUGCCGAUGCCAACUCAAAGCUGCCGUAUCUCUCGGCAGUCAUCCAUGAGAGCAUGCGUCUUAACCCCUCCUUCGCAAGCGUGCUCCAGCGAUGUGUUCCAGCAGAGGUGUCACCUUCCAGGACUGCUUCAUUCCAGGCGGUUCAAAUGUCUCUUUGGGCCAACCCUGGCAUGUUCGAUCCCGAGCGGUUUCUCGGUCCUGAUUCUGCCAACAGGCUGAGAGAUAUCUUGACGUUCAGCUCUGGUGCUCGCCUUUGUCCUGGACGGCAUUUGGCAAUGCUUGAAAUCUACACCGUCCUUGCCAAUAUCGUACGUAAAUACGACUUUUCGCUGCCCAAUGACGCUCCAUAUGGCCCGCAUAGAGUCAACAUGGAUGGCAUCCCGGUUGAAGUUCCAGCGGAGACAUUUGGCGUGACUGGUCCAAAGAAUCCAAGCGACAACUGCUGGGUCAACAUUUCUCUUGCCGAAACUGCUUGA